AAUCUUAAAACCAGAAAGAAAGAGAGAGAGAGAAAUCUGUUUGUUACAUCACCAUUAUAAGAAAAUGAAUUAGAGAUGAAGCGUAAAAAUUGGUGACGUUACCUUUCAGAAGAAGUUAUGUUUCUCCUACAUAAAUAUCACAAAGUUACCAGAUGAUUGAUUCAUCAAGAGCAAAACUGAGACAAAAACAAAAACAUAGUUUUGCUUUGAUUUUUUUUUUCUUUUUUUCUUUUUUUGUAGGAAAGGGUUAAUUAUACGUAACACAGAAACCAAAAUUAUUCUCUUUUUCCUCUAAGAAAAAGAGAAAAAAAUGGAGGGGAGGUUAUUGACGGUGUUGGUCUGCCUCGUCUCUUCGGUGGCGAUUGUGAACGCCGGCGAUCCUUACUUCUUCUAUACAUGGAACGUGACAUACGGAACUGCCUCACCUCUCGGUGUUCCUCAAAAGGUGAUUCUCAUCAACGGUCAAUUCCCUGGUCCUAACCUUAACUCAACCUCUAACAACAACGUUGUCAUCAAUGUCUUCAACAACCUCGACGAGCCUUUCCUCUUGACCUGGAGCGGGAUUCAGCACAGGAAGAACAGCUGGCAAGAUGGUGUGGCUGGGACUUCAUGCCCCAUCCCAGCAGGACAGAACUUUACUUACCAUUUCCAACCUAAGGACCAGAUCGGUUCCUACUUCUAUUACCCAACCACUUCUCUCCACCGCUUUGCUGGUGGUUUUGGUGGUCUUCGCGUCAACAGCCGUCUCCUUAUUCCCGUUCCUUAUGCUGAUCCCGAGGAUGAAUACACUGUCCUUCUCGGUGACUGGUACACAACUGGCCACACUGCUCUCAAGAGCCUCCUUGACAGCGGACGCACCCUUGGAUUGCCCAAUGGUGUUUUGAUCAAUGGAAAGUCCGGAAAGGUGGGAGGAAAUAACGAGCCUUUGUUCACCAUGAAGCCUGGGAAGACUUACAAGUACAGGCUCUGCAAUGUUGGGUUCAAGUCUACCCUUAACUUCAGGAUCCAGAACCACAAGAUGAAGCUCGUGGAGAUGGAAGGAUCCCAUGUUCUUCAGAACGACUACGACUCUCUCGAUGUCCACGUCGGCCAGUGCUUUUCAGUUCUUGUGACUGCUAACCAGGCAGCUAAGGAUUACUACAUGGUUGCAUCAACUAGGUUCCUCAAGAAGGAGUUGAGCACCGUAGGUGUGAUCCGAUAUGAGGGAAGCAACGUUCAGGCUUCAGCUGAGCUCCCCAAGGCUCCCGUUGGAUGGGCUUGGUCUUUGAACCAGUUUAGGUCAUUCAGGUGGAACCUCACAGCUAGUGCUGCCAGGCCUAACCCACAAGGCUCAUACCAUUACGGAAAGAUCAACAUCACCCGUAGCAUCAAGCUUGUCAACACUAAGAGCAUGGUUGACGGUAAACUCAGGUUUGGUUUCAACGGUGUAUCACACGUCGACACCGAGACUCCUUUGAAGCUUGCUGAGUACUUCCAGAUGGCAGAUAAGGUGUUCAAGUACAACGUGAUCAAGGACGAGCCUGCAGCCAAAAUCACAGCAUUGACCGUAGAGCCUAAUGUUCUCAACAUCACUUUCCGUACCUUUGUAGAGAUCAUCUUCGAGAACCACGAGAAGAGCAUGCAGUCAUUCCAUUUGGAUGGUUACUCCUUCUUCGCUGUCGCCUCUGAGCCAGGGAAGUGGACACCUGAAAGCAGAAAGAACUACAACUUGCUCGAUGCGGUUAGCAGACACACCGUGCAAGUCUACCCCAAGUCUUGGUCAGCUAUCCUAUUGACAUUCGACAACGCCGGUAUGUGGAACAUCAGGGCUGAGAACUGGGAGAGGAGAUACCUAGGCGAGCAAUUGUAUGUCAGCGUUCAAUCACCCGAGAAGUCGCUAAGGGACGAGUACAACAUCCCCCUCAACACUAACCUCUGUGGCAUCGUCAAGGGCUUGCCAUUGCCUACAGUCUACACCUAAAUCAACUCUACAAAGUGGGGUGCAUCAUUAAUUAACUAAUUAACCCUUUCCUAAUUUAAGUCUGUAAUUUGUAAACUACCAGAUCCACUUCUUUCAUAUACUAUAUCCUUAAACCACAAUCAAAAACAAAGUUUUGCUUCC